AUGGAUUAUUUGGGGCCGAUGAAAAUGGAGGACUUCGUUCGGAGAAUGGAAGAAGAGAUAAGAAGUGAAGAUGAUGUCAAGAAGGAAGACCCUGGGCGCCGCGAGCAUAUAAGUGAGCCCCAGAUCCACAAAAAGAGAAAGAUAGCCAUUCCUCCAUGUAGUUUGCAGAAAAAAAAGCAUAUUGCAGAUAACAACACAGUAGAAAAAAAGGAGAGUGGAGUCAUGUCCUGUGGGAAGUGCGGGAAGAGAUUAAGGCUAACAAACAACUAUAGCUGCAGAUGUGGGAACACAUAUUGCAUAAUGCAUAGAUUCCAUGACCAGCAUGGCUGUACAUUUGACUACAAGACAAUGGCAAUAGCAAAACUCUCUGCACAGAAUCCAAAGAUUGUUGGGAAGAAGAUAGGAGAACUAUAG